UAUCCAUUUCGAAUGUCUAUUGUUCCACUAUUUCCACCUUGUAUUGUUAAUCGAAUAACACGAAUGAAAAUAGAAAUGUUAAUAGAAAAUGAUAACAACCAAAACAAUCCAAAUAACGAUAAUAAUAAUAAUUUUCGUCGAUUUUUUAAUUUUAAUUCUCUGUUUAUAUUCACUUUGUUUCCGAUUGCAUUUAUUCGUGCUGUUUUUAUGUGUUUAUUUCGUUAUGAUCAUCAUAUUGUAACAACAAUAACCGGUUCAGUUUUUCAUUUGCUUCAUAUUAAUCGUUUACAUCCUGAAAUGGUUGCAUUACAUUUUGGUGCUGAACAAUGUCUUUAUCUUUUAUGGAUAUUCAGUCGUUUAAAAUAUUAUCAUUUUUUUCGUUUAUUAAUUGCAUAUUGUCAUCAAAUUUAUGAUCCAUUUUUAAAUAUCGUUGAUAAUAAAAAACAAAGAUUACAAUUAUAUUUGGAUUAUUGUCAUCAACAACAAUCACGACAACAACAACAACAAAAACCAUCAUUGGAAUCAAAUUCAAAUUUUGCUCAUUGUUUGGGAUUGAAUUCUCGGUCGAUUGAUCGAAUUAGUCAACAAAUUCGGCAACAAUUUCGUAUGCAAACAUUUGUAUUAAUUUCCGUACCGAUUAUAUUGUUCUUGAUGUCAACAAUGUUUCUCUUCAGUAUUGAUCCAUAUCAAAAUAAUUUCUGGCUUUUUAAUUAUUCAUAUCUAUGGUAUUCAUUUUAUAAUUUUAAUCUGGCAUUUUUCACUUCGGUUUGGGCUUAUUAUGGCCUUCUGUAUACAACAAAUUUUUUUGCCUAUUUUCACUUAAAUUGUUUGAUAUUGAUUAAAAAAUUAGGUACAAAUCAACAAUUUCUGAAACGAUUUCGUAAAUCACGACAAUCAAGAAAAUCAAUGAUCGUUAUAAUACCAUUUCGACGUCAUUUUUAUCAUCAAUCACGUCUUUUCACCGAAAUUCGUAUAAUCAAUAAUUUUUGGUCAAAAUAUUUAUCAUUUACAUUUUUAAUGUAUAUCUCUUUGUUUUGUAAUGCAUUCUAUGUAACAAUAAUGACCAAAACAAUGCUGUCAUUGAAAAUAUUUUUCUUUACAUUUUCCAUACAAUCAAUAUUUGUUGUCAGUAUUCUGACAAUGAAUGCAGCCAAAUUAUUUAAACAAAAUUAUUUCAGCCAUAAACAAUAUUAUUCAUUAUUUGCUCGACAUUUUCGACGAAUUGAUUUGUCGACUAAAUUCAAAAUCAUGCAAACAUUAGACCUAAUCAAUAGUCAAAUUGUUGGUUUUUCAUUAAUCAACGAUCAUGUUAUUAAAAAUGAUACAAUUUUGGCCGUUUUAUUUCAAACGAUAACAUUAUUUUUUCUUGUUACACGUAUGGUUUAAAAACACAUCGAAAU